AUGUCGUUCCGCGGCCAGGGCCUCUACGGCAAUGCGACCAUGGAGCCCGUGGAGUUCUGCGGCGGCGCGAAGCCGCCGGCGUCGUCGAAGCCCAGCGGGUCGUCCAAGGGGGGCAAAUCCUCGAAACCCGGCUGGCAGGAGGCCCAGGAGCAGUUCGAGAAGAUGAUCAACGGCGCCGACGACGACCGGCCCUUCGUGCCCAAGGACGAGGGCCCCAAGGUCCCCGACAAGGUCGACUACGAGGUCCGCGGCGCGAAGAUGGACGACGCGCGCAAGGAGCACGACGAGCUCCGCGAUUCGCGGAAGAAGCUCGCCGACGACGCCCUGCGCGCGAAGCGCUACGGCGACGCCGCGGAGCUCUACGACUUCGCGCUCGACGUCGCGCCGAACGACUCCGUGCUGCUGAGCAACAAGUCCGCCGCGCUCCUGCUCCACGGCGAUGCGGCGGGCGCGCUCGCGGCCGCGGACGCGUCGAUCGCCGCGAACCGGAAGUGGGCCAAGGCCCGGGGCCGGCGCGUCGCGGCGCUGCACGCGCUCAAGCGCUACGACGAGGCCGUGACUUCGGCGGAGCAGGCGCUCUUCGACUUCCCGACGGACGAGGGCGGCGCGAUCGCCGCGGCCCGGGACCGCGCCGCGGCCGCGCGGGCGACGGACCCGGACGCCGUCGCCGGCCCGGCGCCGGAGAAGGUCAAGAAGAAGAAGAAGAAGAAGGUGUCCGAUAAGUGCAACGUGCUCCUCACGUACAACGAGCCCAAGAACGCCGCGCGCCGGUCGACGUUGAAGCUCGGCCUCAAGCGGAGCUGGCUGGCCAAGGACGUCGGCGCCCUCGUGAAGACCUUCGUGGACCACUACAACGGCGGCCGGCCCUUCGACGAGCAUUUGGCGGUCGCGGAGCUCCGCGUCGAGGGCGCGGGCGGCGACCACGUGCCGACGUCCAUGGCCCUCGAGGACGUCGUCUCCGAGGGCACGGAGCUCUUCGUCAAGCGCUGGAAGGCCGCGGACCCGGCCGCGGACCCCGACGCCUACGCGGCGAAGCCGGCCGCGCCGAAGCCGAAGCCGCGCGCGGCGAAGCCGGCGCCGAAGCCGCGCGAGGCGCGGCCGGCGGAGGACGACGCCGUGACCUACGCCCGCGACGCGGAGGACCUGCGCGCCGCCGGCGCGGCGCUCGCCGCCGACGGCAACGACUUCGCGGCCGCGGAGAAGUACGAGGCCGCCGCGGGGAAAGAGCCGUCGCCGGCGGGCAAGGCCGCGCUCCUCGCGGCCGCGUCGUCGUGCCUCGCGCGCCUCGGCCGGGGGUCGCGCGCCGUCGACGCCGCGGUCUACGGCCUCAAGCUCUGCCCGUCGUCCUUCGUCUGCAGAGUCGCGGAGGCGGACGCGUUCCUCGCCACCGCCCGGGCCUACGCGCGCGCGCUCGACUACACGGGCCAGCGCGCCGCGGCGCGCGCCGUCGCCGCGGGGGCGCCGGCGCUCCGCGCGAAGCCCAAGGUGUUGGCGACGCUGGAGCGCGUCCACGGCUACCUCGAGGAGGCGGACGCGCUCGUCGACCUGAAGGACGCCGAGUACGUGGACCGCGCCAUCGACCUCUACUCCAAGGUCCUCAAGCUCGACGCGGAGCACGCCGUCGCCUACGAGCGGCGCGCGGCCUGCGAGCUCGAGCUCGCGAAGCUGGACCCGCCGCGGUACCCGGGCCGCUGGUCCGACGCGGACCCAGGCGAGGAGGGGCGGAAGGCGCGCUGCGAGCGCGUCGAGAACGACGCGGGCCUCGCACUCGCGCUCAUGGAGCCCUUCCCCGCGGUCCUGCUCCUGCGGGGGGACGCGCUGCGCCUGCUGGGGCGGCACGACGCGGCCGUCGACGACUACGGCGACUACGUCGAGAUAAUGAGGCGGCGCGGCUUCGACGUCCGGCGCCACCCGCAGAUGAGGGUCGCCAACGACAUGUGGGGGAAGCUCCUGAGCGCGGGCCACAAGUCCAUGCGGCGCCAGCACAACCCGCGGGCCCAGAAGUUCGACUGGACGGGCAACCGGUGGCGCCAGUGGUACGACGCCGAGCCCGACUUCCACGGCCCCAACGACGGCUACACCUACGACGCGCACCGCGAGCGCAGCGGCCACGCGGGCCACCGGGCCGAGUACGCCGACAUGGCCGCCGACGAGGACCUCGACGCGCACUACUGGCCGACGAAGUCGCACUACGAGGUCCUGGGCGUGUCGCCGGACGCGGCGGACGCGGCGAUCAAGAAGGCCUACUUCGCCAAGGCCCGCGAGUGCCACCCGGACAAGAACCGCGACGACCCGGACGCGACGGCCAAGUUCGAGCGCAUCGCCCUGUCCUACUCGGUCCUCAUCGACCCGCUCGAGCGGUGCUACUACGACGAGGCGCGGACCGCGCGGCGGCGCUAG